ACCUAGUUACCGAUAAAGUGGAGAAAGUUUUGUUGUGUAUUUAGUGUUUUGCUAAUGCUGAUAAGAAAAUGAACGGACUUAUUGUCUUUAACAGCGCCAACGACGUUGUGUACCAGAAACUGAACGAGCCGCUAUCGCAGAAAAUCAAAAAUGUUGCCACCACCCAGGGUCUUCUCCGUCCUGGCGGUACCCUGGACAGCAAUGUUCUGCUGCAGCUUUUCAGUCCCAUCGUUGGAUCGCAACGUAUAAUGCAGUGCCAGUUCGACAAUGCCUACACCAGUUUGCAGUGCGAGCAAGGCUUUAAUUUGGUGUUUGGCGAACUCCUGGGGUUCACGUUCCUAAAAAUCGGACAAAUUCCCGUCGAGCUGCUAGGACGACAAUUGGGUGUGUCUAUUACACUGACGCGCUAUUGUUACGGAGCCAAUUUAUUUGCCGCUCAGGCAGGCGCUAUGCAACAGGAACUUCUGACCCAAUGUCUGGAUUGUUAUGAAACCCUGUUGUGUCAGGAGGACCAGACCUACCUUCUGGAGGCCAUGCCCAAGCUUCUGAUCAAUACCGAGUUGAAAAGGACUGUACAUCUAACUCUUGAUGCAACGCUAGAGCACCUGAGGCAGCUGGGAUUACCCCGGGCCCACGUCCUGUUGCUAGUUUCACACAAACUAGUAGCCGCCAACAGCACACGCCAAGCGCUACCGCUUGCUGCUGCAGAUUUGAUUUUCCUUAGCCUCAUGGCGCGAGCUCUCCAAGCGCCGAAAUCCCCAGCUCAGCGGGCAGUGGCUGUAUUUUUGCAAGGAGUCUCCUACGACGUGAACUCUGGCUGCGUACCCAGCAUCGUUCAUAUCUCACGCCUUCACGGCAACCAAGUGCUCCUCCAGGUCAUAGAGUACGCCCACAUGCCACUGACCAGCUGUAUUUACGAUUCCUUCUUUGUGCUUCAAAAGAUUGUUGCCGUGCAACAUCAAGGCGACUCCGACGCACUGAAGCCCGCAUUCGAGAAUCUGGAAUCCUUUAUAGUCCAAUCCCUGACAGCUUUAAAGAAAUACCUGAAACAGCGAUCUGAAACAGAGGACUUGGAAAACUGCACUAAAAAGUUCGCCGCCAAAUGGGAAAACCUCCGAAAGAUGUACACGGAGUACUUUAAGAAUUAUGAGAGAGAGCUUUUGGUACGGAUCGAGUCUAAUCUUCCUUCGUUUGGAGAGGAACUAAAGCAGAUAUUCACGUUGGCAUGCUGCGACAGCUCCAGUGUUCAUGAGCUGGACCAACUCUCCGAUACGGCAGCAAAUGUAGAGGCAAAGCUGCUUGAAUUCGCUGAAUUUCUGGCCGUCAAAGCUACUCGAAAUAUAUCUAUAGAUGCUUACUUGGAGGACUUUCCAGGUCUAGUGCACUUUAUGUAUGUUAACCGCAGCAGGGGACAAAUGUUGGCUCCGGAUCUGCGACCCAAUCAGCUGGUGCCAAAGACAAAACUCUGGAGCAUGGUAGAGAUAUCAAGGAGCUACCUUAAGAAGGGCCAGACCACGGUUAUGUGGAAGGACAAGGCAUUCCACUAUUCUUAUUUCCUGUGGUUCGAGGAUUUAUCGGGUGGCGUUCUUAGCACCGGCAUGGAUUUGCAGCAACACUUUCUGUCCACAGGAGCUGCUAGUGGCAAUGGUUCAAAAUCCCCAACAGAACCAGGAGCUUUAACAAUGGACUACUACCACGAUCUGACUGAGUUGUGCUUUCCGAAGCUGUCUCCGGCAAAAGUACGAGUUUAUGAAUUGUACUGCAUUCAUCUGGGACUUGUAACCGCCACAUGUGCCGUGGAGCACGCCCGACGUCUAGUGGCCACCAUCAGUGAUGUUGUUGGCGAAGAAACAUUUUAAUGAAGUUUAACCACGUGCAAUCUUCGCAUUCCAAGCUACAUUUCCAGCGUUAUAACAUGAUUUCUAGUCAAUUUACGAGACUCCUCUGGAGAUAAUCCGAUCGAAAUUUUUUUAGGUUAAGGACAACUAUCCACUGUUAUAGGCUACACCAUAUUGAUAUUUGUAAAAUAAUUGGAACUAUUUUUUCGUUAAUCGGCAAUAAAAACAUAACAAUUUA